CGAGAAAGAAGAAAAUGCCGAGCCCUCAGGAGCUGGUGACGCACUACGAGAAGCAGGGGAUGGCGACUCAGGAGGCUUCGCUUAAAGUGAUUGGGGAUUUGCAGGGAGCUCUCUUCAGAAUGAUUUCCGCCAAUAACAAACGCGACGAUUCCAAUUCUUCUCCGCAAGUGAUUUCCGCCAAGCUGGACGCCGUCCACGCUCGCCUGGUCCAGCUCGAAACGAAGCUCGAUUCCAAGCCCAGUUACCCGCAGGCCCUGGCUCUGGGCGUUGCCUCCGCCUCCCUUUGGAAUCGCGCCCUUGAGCUCUGGAACACCGUUUGUCGCGCCACCUCUUCCGACCCCUCGUCCUAGUUUAUUUCCUUUCUUAGAAAAAGAAUACGAUGAUCCGCUUGUGCUAUCGAUAGAAACCAUUUUGUUUCCUUGUUAUCAAUCCAAUUUUGAUAUUAUGAUAGAACAAUUGGGGUUUGAAA